UAGGUACAGACUGUACCACUGGAGAGAACCUGUUACCAGCUUUACUUACUGCCACCCCUCUCCGGCCUCCCCCCCAAAACCCAAUCUAACUUUAUCCUUCCCCCGAACUCUCACACUUCUCUCCUGUCCUUUCAUUGCUCCAUCGCCCUUCUCCUCUUCCACCUUUACUCUUUCUUCCCACCUCCCCCCUGAUACGAUUCUUUCUUCCCACCAUCGCCUUAACUAUCUUUUCAUCCUCUAGCCACUCCCUCUCGUUUCUCUUUCCCUUCGCAUUUGCUUCGUCCGUCUAUUCCCGUCGUGCGAUCAUUAUUCGUCUCCUUGUCGGUUGAUCGGUCUACUCGGCCCGCUGUCGCAUCGCUUCUUCACAAUAUUCACGAUCCGUUCGUCCUCGACUCGCCUUGGCGCAUCCCAACGACGAAUAAAUGAAUUGAUUAUUGUCACUGUCACUGUGGAUCACAUUUUCAGGUUAAAUAAACUUAUAAUCUGUGACGCACUUCUCAGCGUUAGGCACCUGUCACCUGUUGCCUCCCGUUGCCCACCUCCCCUUACCUGGAGAACCUAAUCCUACCGUUAUCGCUCGUGGGAUUUUGUCGAUCCAUUUAACAACUGGGAUCAUCGAUCCGCGAGGUAUGAGUGGCAGUUCGAAUCAGUCUACCCGUACGAGUCCUGGGUCCUUGAGUACCACUCAUCGCACGCCGUCCGUGUCGUCGGGCGCGUCGCCUCCACAUCAGUCGCUUCAAUCCUCUCAGGCGCCUUUAACGGCCCAGAAUGCGAUGUCGACCGACGUGUACACUUCAUCCACAUCGCAGGCGUCAACAUCACUAGGUCCCACCUUUACUUAUCCAUUCACACCUCUCGGUCCGCCGUCGGCCUUCGAUAACAUGCCUGCCGCCACCAUGCGCCUAAGCGAUGCUGAUCGGUCGGCGCAGGGCCUCAACGGCUUCAUUCGACCCGGAACAGGCGGUGCGAUCCUAAUGCGAAAACUUCCGAAGAGCACUAGUCUCGAGCUGUUGCGCAGCAUGCUUCUCUUUGCUAAAGAUCUUGUGGAUAUUGAGUUUGAACAGAACAGCCCUCCCGAAGAUAACGGGUAUGUGAGUGCAGUCGCACGAUUCAGUACGGUCGCGGCAGCUGAAGAGGCGCGGGCUUUGCUCGAUGGCAAGCCGAACUCUAAUAAUGAUGCGAACAUGAUCGUGGAAAUGUAUAAUGGCCCUGUUGGCUCAGCUCUGGGGGGACCCAGGCGCAAUACAAUUGACCACACCGCGACGCGUAGCCUAUUAGGGGGUGUUACGUCUAAUGGACAUUUGUCGCGGCAUUCAUCCCGCUUUAACGGUACUUUUCAGAGCCUGGAGAAGCUGACGGUGGCGAACGCAUCCAACUCGUCGGCCAGCGAUACCCUACCUCCUGAAUCAAGUUCGCGCAUCCAUAGCCUUUUCUCGCCCCAGUCCCCGAUCGGAAAUGGUGUCCAUGAUCUGCCGCGCGUCAGUGGUAAGUCAAUGAUUGAUCAGGACCUCGACGAAGAUACGGGUGAGCUUCUCAAAGAUCCCGUGGGCUAUGCAGAGAACGGGCACUCCGGUUCUGUUUCCAUCCCCCGUCGCUCAACCAAUCCCCAGUUCCCCACGAAUCAGUUUGCCAACUUGUCACUGGCGACCAGUCUGUCUUCGCCACCGUUACCGAAUUACGCUCCUGGAGGUUCGGCCCAUAUGGGAAUCCCUGCCCCCUCGACCGCAUAUCCCCAGUCGAUGACCAACAACUUGGGUGGGAACCAUGGGCUCCCUUACAGUAAUCCACAUACGCCUCGUCACAGUUUGCCUGCCGCAAACCCGAACGACAUGAAUCCACCUUGCAACACUUUGUAUGUGGGCAACCUGCCACCGGACGCGUCGGAAGAGGAGCUAAAAGCUCUUUUUAUGAAGCAGCGUGGAUACAAACGCCUCUGCUUCCGCAAUAAGCAAAACGGACCCAUGUGCUUCGUGGAGUUCGAGGACGUGGGCACAGCCGGCAAGUCCUUGAACGAACUGUAUGGCUACAAACUUUCCAACAGCAUCAAGACCGGUAUUCGCCUUAGUUUUUCGAAGAACCCCCUGGGAGUUCGUUCUGGGCAGCCGGGUUCCAUGAGUGCAUCUAAUAAUGUUGCAUCUCAAGGUGCAGUUUCUGGAGGUAGUAGCCUUGGUGGCAUGCAUAACCAUAUGUUCUCUACUGUCAGCGGGCCUCCUCCGGGUCUUUCAGCCCCUCCAGGCCUAGUGCCACCACUGCAGUUGCGAAACAACGGAGCCGUGCAUCCCUCUGGCCAUCCCCACGCGCCAGUACCAAACAACGGCUCCUUCCACCCGAAUACCGGCCUAGGGAUUCGGACAAACCAUAUAAAUUCCAUGAUGUCCCCUACCACCCCACUCUCCGGAGGGGUCCCUGGCGGUGGCUCAGGACCGAACAUGGGAGGAUUUAAUUCUUAUUAUCCCGACUACAUGAUGGGUCGGUAGAAAGAUGCAGCAUAUCGUGGAGAUAAUGUCCGACAUGUUUGAUGACGAUCACUGGGUUUCUGGCGCAUUGGGGAUUUGAUUUGAUAUUUCACGAGCUAGAUUAGCAUUUGGAGGCUCCCCUUCCUCCUGGGAGUAAGGAACAUGGGACUCUGGCUUCUAUAGCUUGCUUGUCGUUUUCGCUUCUUCCUCCCUCAUCCUCCUUUCGUUUCCUUGCAAUGUACCUGAACAACACGGGAUUGUGGGUCUUCCAUUA